CAGUUAUUGCUUAGCCUCCUGGAUAAUAACUUUAGUUGCCGCAAACAAAAAUGUCUAAACUUUCAUUAUUUCUGGUAUUCUUUGGAUCGUUAGCAUGUGAUCAGUUCGUAUCGGCCAGUGAACAUAAAUAUGAAUUAAACAGUCCGAUUUAUACUACAUUUAUGGAGGAAUUUGCUUCAAAAGUAGUUAAAAUCGAUAAUGAUCAUGAUUCUAGUUAUUGGAAAGACCAAUUGAAACCCCUCUUCAAAUAUCCCAAAUUUGAACGUGUCACUGACCAUGGUUUUUUCGGAAGUAGAUCUACCGAAACUGCAAUGAAUUCAGAAAAAUACGAUUGGUUUACAACACAGUGUGACUUACCCCAAAUAGAAAAUAAACUCAAAGAACCUAUCGAACAUAAAUACCAAGAUAUUCACAGAGAGAUUCGGCAAAAUAUAGAAGACUUAAGUAUUCUGUACAAUGAUAUUCGUAAUGUUCAUAAUGAUAUUUAUAGAGGAUUGUUUGACGAACCGAAAUUCAAUGAUAUAAAAGGUUUUAAAAACGCAAUCGAACAAUUCGAUAAAAAGUCAAUUAAAAAACAUCGCUUGAAAGUGAUUGGAAAGGAAUUGCAAACAAUGAAACAAAAGUACGAUGAUAUAAUAAAUAGAUUGGAUGAAAAAAUGCAAGAGAUACCAGUGAAAAGAUAUAAAUAUCUGCAGCAAAUCGUUCUGAGCGAUAAGAAAAUUGAAGAACUCAAGAGUUUAGCCGACGAAACAGGUCAAUUGAAUGAGAUAAUCAAGAUUAUUGGCGCAUUGAAGGAGAAACUGGAAGCAUUGAGAAAGGUUCUUUCAGAUACAACAUCGAUCAUAGAUGAGUUUACUGUUGAACGGAUUAAGUGGACAGAGAUCUUGAUGGAUGUACCUAUUAAUAAAAAAGAAUCGAAACGUAAACUGUGUUGUAAAAAGCCCACAGUAAUGGAAUGAUAAGAAACACACAAAUUAUAAUUCCCAUUUAAAUUAUAAUCUUUUACAUCAACAUCAUGUAAUAAAUGAAAUACUUAAAUUUUGAAAUCAAUUUAAAUGAAA